CCAUCAUGACGGAGCCAAGCAGCAGCCAAGCAUUUGUCUGAACACGCAAUAGCUGCGCGUUUGGGUUGCCUUCUCUCGCCUCACGAAUUACUAUUUAGACUUCAUCGGUUCUGUUUUUUUUUUCCAAAUACCUUGUAUUUGACCCACUGGUUCACUCAUCCAUGUCCAGCACCCCCAUCUGGCCGCUUUUGUCUACUGUAUUCCAGUCGAUUCUAGAGGUAUUCCUGCUAUGUCUUGCAGGCUAUAUCCUCGCAUGGCGCCGUAUCAUCGACAAGCCCACUCAGCGUGUAAUAAACCACAUCAACAUCUCCUUGUUCACGCCUGCACUGCUGUUUUCCAAAGUCGCCUUCUUCUUAAGCCCAGCAAAACUCAAGGAAUUAUGGAUUAUUCCGAUCUUCUUUGUAGUUGUCACAGCUUUCUCUGCGCUUGUCGCGGGACUCCUGUCGAAGAUGUUUAGAUUAAAAAAAUCUCAACGCAACUUUGCUAUGGCUGCUUCGAUGUUCAUGAAUUCGAACUCGCUACCCAUCGCUCUCAUGCAAAGCCUCGUGCUUAGCGUGCAUGGCCUCAAAUGGACCGCUGACGACAACCAGAAUGCGAUGCUAGGUCGUGCACUCACGUACCUGGUAUUGUAUAGCACUCUCGGGAUGAUGCUUCGCUGGAGCUACGGCGUACGUUUGCUCUCCUCUGCAGACAUGCCGCCUACGCCAACCUCUCUUCGUUCGCCCUCACUUGUGGCGGUGAAUGCUGAAGGAGCACAAUACACUGAUGAUGCAUCUAUAUCAGAUGAAGAGACGCUUAGCGAGCACCAUGGUUCAUCCAAGUUCCAGUCUGCGAGUCCGUCAAUCCAUUGGCAAACUCGGGCGCAUCCCACGAGCCCCUCUCAUCACUGGCAAACCCAAGCCCACACUCAAUCCGUAUUCGUGACUUCGCCUCGCGAGGACACAGAUGACAACGACCAGGAUGCAGCGUCUGAGAUUCCUGCCUUCAUUCCAGAGCCCGCGAGCCACAUCUACGGACAUUUGCGUCCCCACUCGUCAUCUCACCUUCACCUCUCGCCAUCUCGCGCAAUCGAACACUCGUCUUCACUUUCGCAUUCACGCUCACCGCAUCUACCUCGGGAUACAGCUAUAUAUCACUCCUUCCCUAACUCACCUACGCGGGAAGAGGUGCCUCUGGCUUCGGACAGUGUCACGCCUGCAGACUCGGAGGACGAGAUGGAAGAUGAGGGAGAUGAUGCAAAUGAGGCUUUCCGUCACCGCCGGCAUCGUAAAAAAUCACACGCUGUUCUCCGCCACGCCUGGAAGUCUACUAAAAAGGCAUGGCGCGGUGUCAAUGCGUUCAUGACGAUGCCCCUAUGGGCCUCCCUGCUUAGUCUCCUCGUCGCAUGUACCCCACCGCUCCAAUCUGCACUCGAACGCAUGACACCUAUCAAAGGCGCGCUUGGUGCUGCAGGGAACUGCAGUAUACCAUUGACGCUCGUUGUGCUUGGGGCAUAUUUCUACUCUGCACCUCCUGAGGAUGACCUGCAAGACGAAGAACUGACAGACUGUGAGACAGACGAAGCGAGGCGAGGGAUCAGACACAACAAGUCUCGCACCUCACUACUCAGUACCCUUCAGGAGAUGCUGGCACUUAAACGUACACCGCAGUCCCAGUCUCAGACACACGGGGAAAGCAAGACGGUGUUCGUCGCGAUUCUUGCGAGGAUGGUGGUCGUCCCGGCUGUGAUGCUUCCUGUGAUGGCGAUUCUUGCGAGGUUCGACGUGCAUGAUAUCUUCGCGGAUCCUGUGUUCGUGGUGUCAAAUGUGCUGUUGAUAGCGAGUCCACCUGCACUGACGCUCGCGCAGAUAACACAAGCAGCCUCGAAUGACUCAUUCGAGAGGUUAAUAUCGCGGACGGUGUUCUGGUCGUAUUGCGUCGUCACGCCGCCAAGCACAAUCGUAGUGGUCGUUCUAGGUUUGUUGAUUGCGAAGCUGUGAUUUGGAUGGUUGAUGACUGGUGAUUUUUGGUACGCUGAUCACGAUUCCUUGUGAGCUGAAUAUUGAAUGAUGAAUCAAAGGUUUGGGGUCAAAUAUAUCUUGUUUGCUGGGACACUUGGAUCUCUUUGGCAUAUUUUUUGUGGUGUUGACAGGGCGCGUUUUAUGUGCCUUUAUCUGUGUCGAGCUCUGUGGAACGGACUGAUAGGAUUUCAAAUCGAUUAGUAGUGUUCUAGUGUCACAUCCGCUAGAAUAAUUUGCAUCAAGAUUUCUGCAUUAGUGAAUGCGAGUCCAGAUUCAACGAA